CCGAAACGUGGACCAUUUCAGCCGAAGUUAUCACGUUGUAAAGGCCUAAGUCAUCGAUCUUGGAUCAGCCAAUAUCCUUUUUUUUUUUCUCUAGGGUUCCUCUCCCUGGAAACCUUUACUAAUUUCUGAACAUACAAGCUCUGGCUCAGGUCACCAUCAAUGACAAAGAAGAAAGCACCAGGGAAAAAGAAGCAAAAGAUAAAGGAAUUAAACCAAAUUGAUAAUGUUCCCAAGUUUACUAAGCUGCCAAGAAAAGCUGCAUCUAAGGCUAAACGCUCUUCAUCUUCUUCUUCCCCUGGUUCCCCAUCUGCUCCAGGUUCCUUACCAGCAUGCUCCUAUGACAGAGAUGAAGCUUCUAGUGUAACCUUAACUAAUUUUGAUGACAAAAAGGAUGGAAGGAAAAAAGUGCAUGACUCGGUUUAUUGCAGCAACUACGAGGAUAAAAGACUAGGAUUCGUGUUGAAUUUCUAUGAAUUUCCAGCAGUAGAAGUCGAAUCAGUUGCUCUAAAUAAAGUUAAUGACCCAUGCAGUGGUAGAAUUGUCCUAAAAGGUGUUGAACAAAAAAGUGAUGCAAAGAAAUUACAAGUUAGAGGAAGCAAUGGUGUUUGCAUAACUCCAGGAAAUGUCGUUUGGGCCAAAACAGCUUGCCGAUUGUGGUGGCCUGCUGAAAUCAUUGGAAAAAAAUCCAGUUUAGCUGAUUCAAGAAUGCAACGAACGGAGGAACUUGUUUUAGUUAAGUUUUAUGGGAAACAGAACAGUGCUUGGGUUAAUGCAGCAAGGGAUCUUUCAAUGCUCGAGGAUUGCUUUGACGAAAGGAGCUGCAAUCCAAUGGAAAAAUUUCAAGAUGCUUUGAAACAAGCAUUAGUACAGAGGAAGGAACAUAUAAAAUCAUGUAUGCAGUUGCCUGGAAGCCCUGAUUCUUCCACUCACUCUGAGCAGCAAGACCAAAAAUCUGGGAAAUGGACUUCAUCUACCUCAAGCAAAACAGGUACUACUUUAUUCAAACAAGGAGGUAGUAAGAAGGAACAAAAGCCUACAAUUCACCUGGAUGAUGCUACAUUUCCAUUGACAUCUGGUAAAGGAGCUCGCCGGCUAAAGAUAAUGCGGUACCUUGGUCUCACAGCUCCAAGGGGUUCUCCCUUCUAAUUGAUCACUCCUGUAACAAUAGCCUACAAAUUGUUAUAAAAUUUUCCAAUUUUGAGUUUAUCUUCCUUCUAAGGCAUAUAAAAUUAUUGAAUAUUGAUGUUUAUUAAGCCCAUUAUUUGCUAAUUUUAUACGUAAAAAUGCAUUGCUUAAAUGUGAAAACAUAUGUAUAAACCCCAUUAGGUCCAUUACCAUCAUUAUAUUUCUUUCAUUGCGCUUAAAUUAUU